GCUCAUUUUAGAAAAUAGAAUCCAACUUUCCCAAAAACAACCCCAAUUCCCAAACAUGACAUGACAUGACAUACAUCUCUAUAUAUUCCUCUCUCUCUCUCUCUCUCUCUCUCUCAAUUCUAUCUCUCAAAAUCCUUUUCUGCCUGAAACUCUUCAACCUUUUACUUAUGAAUUAACAGUCUUCCCUUAAAUUAGACUUCGCCUCCUCCUCAUCACUCUAUUUUAAUCUCAUAAUCGGAGUUCAUAUAUAUAUAAAGUUAUUCGCGAUUUUCAUAAUUUUUAUAUAAAUUUGGUGGUUGGAAUUUCGGUUACAAAAUUUAGAUCAUCAUGGAUAACAAUAAUUGGAGGCCAAAUCCAUCUCAAGGUCCUGUUGUAGGCGGCGGUGGCGGCGGCGGCGGAGUUGGAGGUGGCGGCGUUGGAGCUCCUGGAGGCGGCGGUGGAGAAGCUGCCAUGGAUUCUGUUGAUUGGCGGAGCCAAUUGCAGCCCGAUUCUCGUCAAAGAAUCGUCAACAAAAUAAUGGAAACUUUGAAGAGGCAUCUCCCUGUUUCUGGCCAAGAGGGAUUACAUGAACUCAGGAAAAUUGCUAUAAGGUUUGAGGAAAAGAUUUAUACUGCUGCCACAAGCCAGUCAGAUUAUCUACGAAAAAUAUCUCUGAAAAUGCUUACAAUGGAAACUAAGUCUCAGAAUCCUAUAGGCAAUGCUUUGCCAUCCAACUCUGCUGGCAAUAGUAAUAAGUCCUCAGAUGCAGGGAUGAGUAUGCAGCCCCAAGUUCAUAAUCCAGGGCAGUCACUUCCUAUUCCAUUAUCAGCUAAUCAGUCUCGCCAACAGAUGUUAUCUCAGAACAUUCAGAAUAACAUUCCAUCUGCUGGAGUUCAAAGCACUGCCAGUUUACCAUCUGCACUGCCUCCUGUCUCUGGUUUAAGUCAGAAUCCUAUGCCAAAUGUUGUUGGCCAGAAUACCAAUGUGCAGAAUAUGCCUGGUUCACAGAACUCAGUAGGAAAUUCAAUGGGACAAGGGGUUCCCUCCAAUAUGUUUGCAAAUAAUCAGCGGCAAAUGCCAGGAAGGCAACAAGUUGUUCCCCAACAGCAACCGCAGUCGCAGAAUAUACAGCAAUAUCUUUACCAGCAGCAAUUAAAGCAGAAGUUCCCGCAGGGAAAUAUGUCACACUCACUCAUGCAAUCUCACAUCCAGCAACAGCAGCAGCAGCAGCAGCAGCAGCAACAGCAACAGCAGCAACAACAGCAGCAACAACAACAGCAGCAGCAGCAGCAGCAGCAGCAAAAUCUAUUACAACCCAAUCAGUUGCAAUCUUCUCAGCAAUCGAUCAUGCAGCCUUCUGUGAUGCAAUCGUCUCCUCUUCCUGGUCUGCAGCAGAAUCAGCAGUCAUCUAUUCAGCAGGCAACACAGUCCAUGCUUCAGCAACAUCCUCAAUCAGUUCUCAGGCAGCAGCAACACUCACAACAGGCUGCUGUUAUUCAUCAACAGGCAUCUAUGCAGCAGCAGCCAAUGUUACCUCCACAGCAGCAGCAGCAGCAGCAGCAGCCGCUGAUGGGGCAACAGUCAAAUGCAACAAAUAUGCAACAGAAUCAAUUAAUUGCACAACAAGGCAGUGUUGGAGACAUGCAGCAGCAGCAACAGAGGAUGCUUGGCCAGCAGAAUAAUCUUCAAAACAUGCAGCAGCAGCAGCAACAACAACAGUUAAUGGCUCAGCAAAGCAACCUCUCUAAUAUGCAUCAGCAACAGUUGGGCCCUCAAAGUAAUGUUUCUGGGUUACAGCAGCCGCAACAACAGUUGCUUGGAACUCAGUCUGGUAACUCAAGUAUGCAAACUAAUCAGCACUCAGUACACAUAUUACAACAGUCCAAGGUUCAGGUGCAGCAACAAUCACAACAGGGUGCAUCUAAUAUGUUACACACACAAGGGCAGCCAUCACAGUCACAGCCACAGCAGCAACAGCAGCAAUUGAUGUCACAGAUUCAGUCGCAACCUUCACAAUUGCAACAGCAAUUGGCUUUGCAACAGCAGCAGCCAAAUUUAUUACAACGGGAUAUUCAGCAAAGGCUUCAAGCAUCAGGUCAAGCAUCAGGUUCCUUGCUUCAACCACAGAAUGUGAUUGAUCAGCAAAAGCAAUUAUAUCAAUCACAAAGAGCUCCUCCAGAGACGUCAUCAACAUCUCUAGAUUCCACAGCUCAGACAGGGCAUGCAAAUGGGGCUGAUUGGCAAGAGGAGGUCUAUCAAAAGAUCAAAACCAUGAAGGACUUGUACUUGCCUGAAAUAAGUGAAAUGUACCAGAAAAUUGCUGCUAAAUUGCAGCAGCAUGAUUCUCUUCCACAACAAUCAAAGUCAGAUCAGCUUGAGAAGUUGAAAGUAUUUAAGACUAUGUUGGAGCGUAUUAUAACAUUCUUACAGGUUUCCAAAAGUAAUAUAUCACCUGGUUACAAGGAGAAGUUGGGGUCAUAUGAGAAGCAGAUAGUAAAUUUUAUAAACACAAAUCGACCUAAGAAGCCUGCACUGCAGCAAGGACAGCUUCCUGCGCCUCAUAUGCAAACCAUGCAACAGCCACCUCAACUUGCUCAAAUUCAGUCUCAUGAAAAUCAAAUGAACCCUCAGUUGCAAUCAAUGAACUUACAAGGUUCUGUUCCAACAAUGCCGCAGAAUUCCAUGUCAAGCCUGCAGCACAAUUCUAUGUCUCUAUCUGGGGCUUCGACAGCACAGCCAAACAUGAUGAACUCACUACAACCUGGCUCCAAUUUGGACUCAGGACAAGGAAAUUCUCUGAGCUCUUUGCAGCCGGUGACUAUGGGAUCUCUACAACAGAAUCCUGUGAGUACUCCCCAGCAGACAAACAUCAACACCUUGUCAUCACAGAGUGGAGUAAAUGUGCUACAGCCUAACAUCAAUCCACUUCAGUCAAAUUCUAAUAUGCUUCAACAACAGCAUUUGAAACAACAGCAGGAACAGCAAAUGCAACAACAAAUCAAACAACAAAUUCAGCAGCGCCAGAUAAUCCAGCAGCAGCAGCAAUUUCAGAAGCAGCAGAUAAUCCAGCAGCAGCAGCAGCAGCAGCAGCAGCAGCAGCAACAACAACAACAACAACAACAACAACAACAACAGCAACAGCAGCAGCAGCAGCAGCAGUUACACCAACAAUCAAAGCAGCAGCUCUCUGCACAUUUGCAGACACAUCAAAUGCAGCAGCUUCAUCAAAUCAAUGAUGUAAAUGACAUAAAAAUGAGACAGGGUUUGGGUGUUAAGCCAGGGGUCUUUCAGCAACAUCUAUCAGCAGGCCAGCGCUCUGCCUAUUCCCAUCAACAGUUGAAACCAGGACCUUCAUAUCCUAUAUCUUCACCCCAACUCCUUCAGGCUGCAUCCCCACAGAUCCUGCAACACUCUUCUCCACAAGUUGACCAGCAAAAUCUGUUGUCAUCUCUCACAAAAGCUGGAACACCGCUGCAAUCUGCCAACUCACCUUUUGUUGUCCCAUCUCCUUCGACUCCUAUGGCUCCAUCUCCCAUGCCAGGGGAUUCUGAGAAACCUGUUUCUGGUGUUUCCUCACUCUCAAACGCAGGAAAUAUUGGACAUCAACAAACAAGUGGUGUGGGGGCACCAGCUCCAUCACUUGCCAUUGGUACUCCUGGGAUAUCAGCCUCACCUUUGCUUGCUGAGUUUACUGGUCCAGAUGGGACUCAUGGUAAUGCUUUAACGAAUGUUUCUGGAAAGCCAAGCAUUACUGAGCAGCCUCUUGAACGCUUAAUUAAAGCGGUAAAAUCAAUGUCACCCAAAUCAUUGAGUGCAUCUGUCAGUGACAUUGGUUCAGUUGUAAGUAUGAUUGAUAGGAUAGCAGGAUCGGCACCAGGUAAUGGAUCCAGGGCUGCUGUUGGUGAGGAUUUGGUUGCCAUGACAAAGUGUCGUCUUCAAGCAAGAAAUUACAUGCCUCAAGAUGGAAGCAAUGGGACAAGGAAAAUGAGGCGCUACACAAGUGCCAUGCCCUUAAAUGUUGUUUCAUCAGCUGGUAGUAUGAAUGAUAGUUUCAAGCAGCUGACUGGUUCAGAGACUUCUGACCUGGAGUCAACUGCAACAUCUAGUAUCAAGAGGCCUAGGAUUGAGGUUAAUCAUGCCCUUUUGGAAGAAAUAAGGGAGAUAAAUCAGCGACUUAUAGAUACAGUUGUUGACAUCAGUGAUGAAGAUGUUGAUCCAGCUGCAGCUGCAGCUGCUGCUGAAGGAGGUGAAGGAACCAUUGUCAAGUGCUCUUUCAGUGCUGUUGCUCUCAGUCCGAACUUGAAAUCACAGUAUGCUUCAGCGCAAAUGUCACCUAUUCAGCCAUUAAGAUUGCUUGUUCCCUCAAAUUAUCCAAAUUGCUCGCCAAUACUUUUAGACAAGUUUCCUGUUGAAGUCAGUAAGGAGUAUGAAGAUCUCUCAGUAAAGGCGAAGUCAAGGUUUAGCAUAUCAUUACGAAGCCUUUCACAACCCAUGUCACUUGAUGAGAUAGCAAGGACUUGGGAUGUUUGUGCUCGAGCAGUUAUUUCUGAGCAUGCACAGCAGAGUGGUGGGGGCAGUUUCAGCUCAAAAUUUGGGACUUGGGAGAACUGCUUGAGUGCUGCAUGAUCAUCUUUUUAGGACCUGGACAGAUACUAUUGCAACAGAUCUUGUAAUCAACCUUAAUGCAGCUGCUUCUGUGGUAAUGACUAAGGAUAUAGUUUUCUUUUUCUUUUUUUGGAAAUAAGACUUGUUAGCUGGUAUGUUUAUUAAGGGAUAUAGAUGUAUGAUGAAGUUGGUCAACAUCAAUACUCCUGGGGUGGUAUUGUAUUGUUCAUAGGCUAAUAGUGUAUGUUGUUUGUACUUUGAAUUUCAGGAAAUUAAUGAGUGGUAGAUGCCGCAUUUGUACCAUAUAUACUAGGUUCUUUUGUGUUGUAACUACAAAACCUGCAGUCUUUUAUUCAUGCCAGUUGUAAGAAAAAUGUUUCACUUUCCAGGAGUUCCUUUUGAGUGCUCUGUAAGAUUGAACAUACUUAAAAGUAAUUUUCUAUUUUGUUGGCCAGAAGAAGUUUAUUA